UUUCAAAAGCUUGCCAUUAAUGCGGUUAUUAAAACUUUUUCCUUGUUAGUUCUAUUCCAAUUGAGACAUAUAAUGCUUUACUUUUGGUUCGAAUCUUUCUAAAACAUUUUGCUGGUAAUUUAACAGAUAAGGAAAUUAUUGAGCAGUUAGAAGAUAGUCCAACUGAACAUAAAGGCGAGCAGCUGAUAGAAUAUUUACUUUACUUUUUAAUAAACAUGGACCCCAGUGUCAACUACUCGACUUACGAAUUUUAUACUGAAAUUCUCAAUACCUUUCUUGUCCUUUUCUCCACUCAACUUCGACAGUCUAAUCUUAAACAGCAACUUAAUUACUUUUUGAAUAUUUUAUUGACAAAGUUCGGUAAAAGAGCAGAGACGAUGGUAGCUCGUUUAUUAGAGAACAUAAUUGAACAAAGGCCACCUCCACCUCAGUCAUCAAGUGUGAUGCAUACCGCUUACAAUUAUUUUUUUGCGGCUCGAGCGAAUACAUCCUAUGUCGAUGCAAGUCCAGUUGCUGAUCGUAGUCUUUUAAUAUUACUAUUGUUAGGUUCGCAACCUGCCAAAAAUGAUAAUAGUGAAUGGACCAAGUCAUAUAGAUUAGCGAUUGCCAAUCUAAGUGAUCAUCAUGUGAUAUCAAGUGAUAUUGAUGGUUGUGAUAGAAAGAUGCAUUUGAUUUCAUUCAAGAAUUUAUUUCAGAUAUUUAGUAAAUCAUUGCACUCAGAGGAAAAGAUGCUUUUAUUUUAUUUAAUCUUAGUAGAAAAUGAAGCAUUCCGAGUCUAUGUACUGUCAAGGAUAGAUCAGGAAACUAUUUUUCUACCCAUGUUAAAAUUAAUUUAUGAAUCGAUGGAAGCUGGCAAGACAAGGUACUCUCAGGUUUAUAUCUUGAUGGUUAUCAUUUUGAUCUUAAGUCAAGACGAUGUAAAUAAUGAAGCUAUUCAAAAGAUUAUCGUGCAUAAUACUACUUGGUUUACAGAGAGACCGUUAUUAAAGUCAAUUUCUUUGGGUGGAUUAAUGACAUUAGUAUUAAUUCGAGUUUUACAGUUAAAUUUAUCACAUCAAAAGGAUAUCUAUUUACAUACAACUUCUUUAGCCAUCUUGAUGAAUAUGUCUAAUACUAUGUCUGAUAUGCAUGCAAACGUAGCGCAACGAUUUAUUAGUUUAUUUGAAUUGUUAGCAAGAAGAUAUAUCAAAUUAACAGAAAAGCAGACAAUGCCAGAUGCUAUUGUUUAUGAGGAUAUUUUAGUACUUUUACUUGAAAUAAUCAACUCAACUUUAUCUCAUCGACUGAAACAUAAUUCACAACUUGUAUAUGCCCUUUUACAAAAGCGUGAAAUAUUUAAUCCCUUCCAAAAUCACCCCAGAUUUUCUGAUUUAGUGACUAAUUUGGAACAAAUUAUCUAUCAUUUUAAUACAAGAGUAUCAGAGGCUAAUCUAAGGGCGCCUUCUUCGAAUGAAGUCUUGAAAUUAAUUGAACAGGCAUCACGUACUUGGUCUAACCAAAAACUAAUAUCACUGCAAACACUUAAAUUUCAUUAUAAAGAAGAGCAAGAUUCAUAUGAAUUUUUUAUACCCUAUAUUUGGGCACUGGUCCAACGACGUUCUUUCAUUUACUGGAGUGAAGAAAAGUGUCAUAUAAUUGAUAACUAUCAUUUAAUGAAUGAAGAAACUGAAUAAUAAUUCUUAAUAAAAAAAAAAAAGAA